GGCUAAUGCAGCAUCGGGUAUGGCAGUUGAUGACGAAUGCAAACUGAAGUUUAUGGAGCUGAAAACCAAGCGAACACACCGCUUCAUUGUUUUCAAGAUUGAAGAAAAACAGAAACAGGUUAUUGUGGAGAAGCUCGGAGAACCAACCCAAACUUACGAUGACUUCACUGCAAGCCUUCCUGCCGAGGAGUGCCGAUACGCAGUUUAUGAUUUCGACUAUUUCACUGAAGAGAAUGUCCCGAAGAGCAGGAUUUUCUUCAUUGCAUGGUCUCCCGACACUGCAAAAGUGAGGAGCAAAAUGAUCUACGCAAGCUCAAAGGAUAGAUUCAAGAGGGAAUUAGACGGCAUUCAGGUAGAGCUUCAGGCAACCGACCCAACUGAGAUGGGUCUUGAUGUCUUCAAAAGUCGUGCCAAUUAAAAUGCUUCAAAGCCUCUAUUGCUUUUACUUACUUUUGAGUGCUGUCGUUUGCUAUAUAGUAUCGGUUUGUGAUUGAAGUGCUCUAUCUGUAGCCGUAUCUUUAUCUCUAUCUCGAACGAGUUCUGUUGGCUUUUAUGCUAUUAUAUGAUUCUUUUUUUCGUUUGUUUUUACUUUUCUUUCUUUUUUCGGUUAUUUCUCCAUGUGCGCGUGUGCUAUUUCACCCGACUUCUAUAAUUAUUGUCAUUUCACUAUAUUUGUGUCGGCAAGAUGGGUCUUUCCAUGAAGCGGGCAUCAUUAUAUUGGGGAGUAUGAAAUCCAGCUUUGAGUUGCGAACUUACAUUCUCGGAGGAAUUAUGUUUAUCGAAUGCCUUAAAACAAAUUUUUAUAAGAUACUGUAGGUUGCCUUUGUGUUCAAGGGCUUGAAUUUGUUGAAAGGAUUUAGAGGAAGGGUUUUUUAUGACUCAAUAAUCACUUGGACUACUAUCAAAGUGUGC